AUGCCACUGCUGGAGGACGUGAUCCCGGAGAACAUCAGCUGGGCUGCCGAGGAAGCCCAGGGCAAUGAAUCCUCAGAGCACGCGUUUUUCUCUCUGGAUUAUCAACAUGUCCAAGUGCCCUUUGAAAUCACGCUCUGGAUCAUGCUUGCAUCCUUGGCCAAAAUAGGAUUUCAUCUAUAUAACAAGCUGCCUUCCGUCGUUCCCGAAAGCUGUUUAUUGAUAUUUGUCGGACUCAUCAUGGGGGGAAUCAUCUACGGCUUAAAUGACAAGUCACCACCAGUUAUGGACAGCGACAUCUUUUUCCUCUACCUCCUGCCACCCAUCGUCCUUGACGCAGGUUACUUCAUGCCCAGCCGUCCCUUUUUUGAGAACAUCGGCACUAUCCUCCUCUAUGCGGUCGUGGGAACGAUAUGGAACGUGUUUGGGAUCGGCUUUUCCCUGUACGGGAUCUGCCAGGUGAAAGCCUUUCGCUUGCAGGACGUGUCGUUGCUCCACAACCUUCUGUUCGGCAGCCUGAUCGCCGCCGUGGACCCUGUGGCGGUGUUGGCAGUCUUUGAAGAGAUACAUGUCAAUGAAAAACUACACAUUUUGGUCUUUGGCGAAUCGCUCCUGAAUGACGCGGUGACGGUGGUGCUCUACAAGCUAUUUCGAUCUUUCUGUGAAAUGCCAGCCAUCAAAAGCGUGGAUGUUUUUGCUGGAGUUGGAAAAUUCUUUGUGGUUGGGCUAGGAGGAGUUUUAGUAGGUCUUACUUUUGGGAUGACCGCCGCCUUUACCACGCGAUUCACCAAGGAUAUCCGUGUCAUCGAACCCAAAAACAGCUAUCUUUCCUACCUCACUGCCGAAAUGUUUCACCUUUCGGGGAUUGUGGCCAUCAUUGCUUGUGCCAUGGGCAUGAAACGUUAUGUGGAGGCCAACAUCUCUCUGAAGUCGCAUACCACAGUCAAAUACUUCAUGAAGAUGUGGAGCAGUGUUAGUGAUACCCUCAUCUUCAUCUUUCUUGGAGUUUCCACCAUUGGAGAAAAUCAUGAGUGGAACUGGCCGUACAUUUGCUUCACUGUUAUUUUCUGUCUCAUUUGGAGAGCACUGGGGGUCCUUGUGCUGACUUUCUUUGUGAACAGAUUUCACGUGAACACCAUCACCAGCAAAGACCAAUUCAUUAUCGCGUACGGGGGUCUCCGAGGAGCCAUUUGUUUCUCUUUGGUUUUCUUGCUUCCUGACUUUCGCAGAAAGAAACUCUUCAUUGCAGCAACAACUGUUGUCAUCCUCUUCACCGUGUUCGUACAGGGAAUGACCAUCCGUCCUCUCGUUGACUUGUUGGCUGUCAAGAGGAAAAGAGAGAGUGCUCCCACAGUGGGAGAGCAGAUCCAUAUUCGGUUCUUGGAUCAUUUGCUGGCUGGCAUUGAAGAUAUAUCUGGACACUGGGGACAGUAUUACUGGAAAGACAAAUUAGAAUAUUUCAACAGCAAAUACCUGCAGAAGAUCCUGCUUCGAGAAUAUGACCAGCCAAAAUCAAGUAUCGUGCUUCUCUAUGAAAAGCUGGAGCGGAAACAUGCCAUUGAGCUGGCAGAAGCAGGGCAGCUGGGUCAUGCCCCGUCUCACCCAUCCUUGCUGUAAGUGCUCCCCUGCUACAAAAAAUUGGAAGAUACUCUGAAUCCGGAUGUCCUGGAAAAUAUACAGGAAAUAUUGGCAAGGAACCUGUACCGAAUAAGGAGAACGGGCCCAGCGUACAACAGGCACACCCUUCCCGGAGAGACGGAGCCCGUGGAGCAUGCCAAGGAGAUCCUCAUCCUCCGGCACAAGAGCCUGCGGGUGGAAGUGAGCGGAGGCGACGCGGUCAGCUCCAGGAAGGAGCUUACAGCUGGCCCUUCAGAGGACAGAAUAUUUUUGGGGGAAAUUGCAGAAGCAAUAGAAUUUACUCCGUACAGACUCACGGAUGGUGGCUCAUGCCCUGUGAGGGUGGAGAAUGCUUCUAUGGGUCGUGCAAAGCGCCAGUUUGAUGCUGAAUACUGCUGUCUGAAGGAUGACUCCUACUCAGCGCAGGGCGACUCCAGCACACAGCCCAAGCUGUGCCGCUCCUUCACCGUGGGGGAUGCAGAAAAAGUUCGGGAAGUGAAACGGAACCGGUCGAAGUCGGUGUGUGUCAUCCCACCGCCACAGCCCAGCGGGAUGGCCUGGGGUGAGAAGAAAGAAACGGAGCAAGAGCUGACUUUGGAGAUGUAA